CUUUGUGUUCUAUAAGAUGUCUGGACGCGGCAAGCAGGGCGGCAAGGCUCUCGCCAAGGCCAAGACCCGCUCCUCCCGCGCCGGCCUGCAGUUCCCCGUGGGCCGCGUGCACCGGCUGCUCCGCAAGGGCAACUACUCGGAGCGCGUGGGCGCCGGCGCCCCGGUGUACCUGGCAGCCGUGCUGGAGUACCUGACGGCCGAGAUCCUGGAGCUGGCGGGCAACGCGGCCCGCGACAACAAGAAGACGCGCAUCAUCCCGCGCCACCUGCAGCUGGCCAUCCGCAACGACGAGGAGCUCAACAAGCUGCUGGGCCGCGUCACCAUCGCGCAGGGCGGCGUCCUGCCCAACAUCCAGGCCGUGCUGCUGCCCAAGAAGACCGAGAGCCACCACAAGGCCAAGGGGAAGUGAGACCCUUUGUACAAAGCGUCCUACAAGUCACCAAAGGCUCUUUUCAGAGCCACCUAACCUUUCCCAACAAGGGCUUAGCAUUACUUUUUGGCAAGCAAAGGCACCGUAGACACUGCUUUCAGCAAGCCAGGCUCAAGUCCAGUUUUUCACUGGUAACUUGUUUUGUGGCUUUCAAACUCUUGACACUGAGUGGAUGUCUCUGGUUCCUGAGUCAGUACACAAAGUGUGCAGGGAAAGAUGGCUACUGUUUUAGGAAUCAAAACUGCAGGGCACGUCUUUGUCGCCGGCAUGGGUUGCCUAUCCCUAGGGUUUGCAAAGUUAUGUCCCUCAGCAAGUAGAGCCAUUUACUUCCCCUAGUGGCUUGUAAGGCCAUCCCUUACCUCCCACAUGAAAUUUAAGCCCUGACAUAAGUAAACCUUAGGUAAAUACAAAAUUUGGUUUCCUUGAGACUUCUAAUUGGAAUUCCUUCAGUAUUUGUAAUCUGUUUCCUUAAAUACAUAAUUUUGCUUAGUUUUUCCUGUGCUAUUUCAGAACCUGUGUUACUUAAGUAUUGAACUAUGUGUUUAAUCCUAACAAGCCUUGGGAGCCAGGCGGAUCUCGAAAUUCAAGACCAGCCUUGUCUACACAGCGACUAUCACAUUAGAUGUAUCUAAUAAUGUAAGGCGGCUGUCACGAAAUAAAUGCAAAAACCAGUAAUAACAGUUUAAAUGGUUCCCAUAAUAAAACAUUCUGUAGAAUUUUUAGCUAUGUGAGUCUCGCUACCUGAAUCAUUAAUAAAAGAUACCCCAAGUAAAAUAACAUCGCUAAGGUGCCAAAAAAAAAAAGGGCAAAUGAGGGAAAAUGACGAGAUUUGCUUCCUUUCCACUUAGUCCUUCACUGUUUGACUUUUCUUGUUUAAGUAUGUGCCACGUUAAAAGGUGGAAGAGACUUGCUCUUACAUGAAAUGAAUGAGCAGCUGGGCUCCUGCAGUCCCUCCCCCGGCCGCAGGA